AUGGCCGGCGCAAGCAAUAAGCGCAUCGCAGCCGCGAACGCGCGAACACUCAAGACGCUCCAGCUGGGCUUUGCCGUCUCCGGGGGCAUCUACCUCCUCCACCUGCUCCUCUUCUCCUCCGGCCGAUCGUACCGCCGCAUCUUCCUCUUUGCCGCGACUGAAGCGGUCGCGAUUGGUUUGUGGAACCAGAUGAAGGCUAUGGCGAGGCGGGGAGAGGAGCUGGACGGGAGUAAGGGGCUUGUUAGCUACGCAUUCGACAUUGUCUACGUGACAUGGGCGGUGCACGUGCUUGCGGCUCUCGUGACGGCCAAGGCGUGGUACAUCUACUGGGUCAUCCCGCUUUACGCCCUCUACCGCCUCGGCUCGUUCGCCCUCCCCUACAUCUCGCCCUCCCUCGCCGCUCGCCUCAACGGCUCAUUCGCCUCAAUCGCAGGAGCAGGACCAGCAGGCGGUGAAGCAGCUGUUGGGCAGCCCCAGCAGGAGAGCAAGCGGCAGCAGAAGUUGCGCAAGAGGAUGGAGAGGGGCGACCCGCGCGUCCAGCAGCGGGAAUUGAAGCAGGCGCGGUAG